AAAAAAUAAAAAGGAGGAAGAAGAAAGGCCUCCGAUUCUCGUGCGCAGCUGCUCAGCUGGCGCUUCCACAGCUGUGGCGGUGGACCGGUGGUUUCCGCCAUAUCUUCUCGGGACGACAAACAAACCGACACACCGACGACGGAGACCCCAUUUCCUAGAUCGCCGAAUAUCGCUCCGCGUAAUCCAAAAAAUUUCUUCUCUUUCUUCUUCGUCUUCGUGUUCUCCGAGACAUUGGGACCGCUUAAAGAAUCGAGCAUCCCACCAGUUUCAAUCUGCUUCGAUCUGCGAUUCUGGGCUUCGGAACUCUCAGAGACCCGUCUCUUGAGGCCGUGUGCAUUUCGAUGGGAGCUCAUGUGCGCUUGGUUGGCUUCGUAGUUGAACCUUGUGACCGUUAGAAUCGUCCGCAAAUGCACAUCAAGAGCAUUGUGCGCGAGAUCAGGGAGAUGCGAGAUGGAAUCGGAGGCAUGGCGGGGAGCAAACUCGAGCACAGACACAUGCAUCGUCAGGGGAGAUCGCACAUUGCUCCUGAAACCUCGGAUCCUAUGCCUUGGUGCGCGGAGGCGGUCCAGCAGGGGCCGUGGGCUAAUUUGCCUCCUGAAUUAUUGCUUCACAUAAUAAAGCGUGUCGAGGCAAGCCAGACCUUGUGGCCAUCUCGGAGAGAUGUCCUUGCUUGCGCCGCGAUUUGCAGAUCGUGGAGAGAGGUCACCAAAGAGGCGGUAAAGACUCCGGAGCAAUGUGGGCGGCUCACUUUCCCCAUUUCUCUGAAGCAGCCAGGACCUAGAGAUUUUCCCAUCCAAUGCUUCAUCCGCAGGGACACGCAAAAUUCAACCUUUUUCUUAUAUCUCGGUUUGAGCCCCGGCCUAUCUGAGGAGAGGAGCAAGCUGCUUCUAGCCGCAAGAAAGAUCAGAAGGGCCACGAACACAGAUUUUGUAAUAUCAUUAGUAGCAGAUGAUUUUUCUCAAGCUGGAAUUUCUUACGUUGGCAAACUGAGGUCUAAUUUCAUAGGGACCAAGUUCACUGUUUACGACAGUCAGCCUCCGUGGGAUGCUGCAAUCAAAUCAAACCAGAAGUCUCAUGGAAGAAUGAAACCGAAGCAGGUGUCUCCAAGGGUCCCCUCUGGCAAAUUUAGUGUGGCUACCAUAUCUUACGAGCUUAAUGUUCUCCGAAGCAGAGGCCCAAGGAGAAUGCACUGCAAAAUGCAUUCAAUUCCCAGCUCUGCCAUCCAGGAAGGCGGUACAGCCCCGACGCCAACAGAAUUUUCAAAGAGGUACAUUAAGCCAUGUUUACUGCCGCCACCGCUGCCAGCUUCAAAUGGAAAGAAGCAGCUCGAUGAGCAUAGCUCGACCAGCCACGAGCUGUUGAAGUCAACCCAUGGUGAAUGGGAUCCACUGGUUCUGAGGAACAAAGCUCCUAGAUGGCACGAGCAGCUUCAGUGCUGGUGCCUGAACUUCAGAGGCCGCGUCACGGUGGCCUCUGUGAAAAACUUUCAGCUAGUCACUGCAUCGGAACCUUACCAAAACAUUCCCGCUGCAGAACAAGACAAUGUGAUACUGCAGUUUGGGAAGAUAGGCAAGGACAUAUUCACUAUGGAUUACCGCUAUCCUCUCUCUGCCUUCCAGGCCUUUGCAAUCAGCCUGAGUAGUUUUGGCACCAAGCCAGCCUGCGAAUGACCUCCGUCUCGAAUGUGUCUUUUAUUCUCUGUCUCCGGCCAAGAGAGUAAUGGCGUUCCUCCUGUUGUUGAUUGUACAUAUUUUUUCAUGACAGUGAUGUGCAUGGUAACUUUAGUAGUUCCGAGUAGUGGCUGUUGCAUUGCAAGAGACAACAUAUGUCAACUGUUACCCAUAUUUCAUUUUGACCACAAACUUCUGCUAGCAUCGGCUUACAGAUGAUAGACACUGUUGGAUGACUUUGUUACUGCUGAGAAAAUGUAUGUAGUGAACGUUUUCUUCUAAAGUAGAUCCCUUUUGAUAAAUGAUUCCUAUAUAGAUCUUUUU